CUCUGACCUACGUUUUCAGUAUAGAGUGUAGAAAAUAUACGUAUACGUAAAGUCUGUCAAACGAAAUACACAGUUUAUUAUUUGGGAAUGACGACAGAGGAGGCAUUUCCACCGAUCAUUAAGUUCCAGGCUGACGACACGACAGCAUUUCUUCGUGCUGCUCGGUCCGGAAACCUUGAAAAAGUGAUCGAAUUCCUCGACACCGAUCUAGAUAUUAAUACAGCUAAUUCGAACGGUUUAAAUGCUUUACAUUUAGCAUCGAAAGAUGGCCAUGUUGAAAUAGUAACAGAAUUAUUAAAAAGAGGCGCUAAAGUGGACGCAGCUACAAAAAAGGGGAACACUGCGUUGCACAUAGCUUCACUGGCCGGCCAAGUGGAAAUAGUAAAUAUUCUUAUUCAGUAUGGUGCUGCAGUUAAUAUUCAAUCUCAAAAUGGUUUUACACCUUUAUACAUGGCCGCUCAAGAAAAUCACGAUCAAGUGGUUAAAUUAUUGCUCGGCAAUGGAGCCAAUCAGAGUCUUGCUACGGAGGAUGGAUUUACACCUCUCGCAGUAGCGAUGCAACAAGGACACGAUAAAGUCGUCAGCGUUCUUUUAGAAAAUGAUUCUAAAGGAAAAGUUAGACUACCGGCACUUCAUAUCGCGGCUAAGAAAGACGAUUGCAAAGCUGCGGAUCUGUUGUUACAGAAUGAUCACAAACCCGAUGUUACAUCAAAAAGUGGUUUUACACCUUUGCAUAUCGCCGCCCAUUACGGAAACGAAGAGAUAGCACGUUUAUUAAUAAAGCGUGGAGCUGAUGUUAAUUAUUUGGCAAAGCAUAAUAUAAGCCCUUUACAUGUAGCGGCGAAGUGGGGUAAAAACAACAUGGUUAAAGUAUUAUUAGAAAAUUCUGCGCAAAUCGAUGCUAAAACUAGGGAUGGUUUAACACCGCUUCAUUGUGCAGCAAGAUCUGGUCAUGAACAAGUGAUUACCACACUUCUUGAACAUUCUGCACCAAUUAGUGCACGAACGAAAAAUGGACUUGCACCGUUACAUAUGGCAUCGCAAGGUGAUCAUGUGGAUGCAGCAAGAGUAUUAUUGUAUCACCGAGCGCCAGUGGACGAAGUUACGAUCGAUUAUUUAACGUCUCUUCAUGUUGCCGCGCACUGCGGCCACGUUAGAGUCGCAAAACUACUUUUGGAUCGCAAAGCUGAUCCAAAUGCACGCGCUUUAAAUGGCUUCACACCAUUGCAUAUCGCUUGCAAGAAAAAUCGAAUAAAAGUUGUCGAACUCUUAUUAAAACACGGAGCAUCGAUCGAAUCUACUACCGAGUCUGGACUGACUCCAUUACAUGUGGCCAGUUUUAUGGGAUGUAUGAAUAUCGUGAUAUUUCUACUGCAACACGAAGCCAAUCCUGAUGUGCCAACUGUUAGGGGUGAAACACCUCUACAUCUGGCAGCUAGAGCUAAUCAGACAGACAUUAUUCGAAUUUUAUUACGAAAUGGAGCCAAAGUUGAUGCUCGUGCGAGGGAACAACAAACACCUCUUCAUAUUGCGUCGCGAUUAAGAAAUAUCGAUAUUGUUAUGUUACUUCUGCAACAUGGUGCAGCAGUUGAUACUACCACAAAAGAUAUGUACACAGCGUUGCAUAUCGCGGCAAAGGAAGGCCAGGAGGAGGUUGCAACUAUUCUUGUGGAAAACAAUGCUUCUCUUAAGGCUACAACUAAAAACGGCUUUACUCCUUUACAUAUCGCGGCUAAAUAUGGCAACAUGAGCGUUGCUAAGAUACUUUUGCAAAGGGAUAGCAAAUUGGACGCGCAAGGAAAGAAUGAUAUUUCUCCUCUACAUUUGGCAUGUCAUUAUGACCAUCCAAAUGUAGCAAAUCUUUUAUUGGAAAAGGGCGCAUCCCCUCAUUUAGCUUCGCAAAAUGGACAUACUCCUCUACAUAUCGCUGCUCGUAAAAAUCAGAUGGAUAUUGCUUCGACUCUCUUAGAAAAUGGGGCGAAUGCGAACGCCGAAUCAAAAGCAGGAUUCACGCCUCUACAUUUAAGUGCACAAAAAGGUCACUAUGAUAUGACGAAUUUGUUGAUUGAACAUGGAGCUGAUCCGAAUCACAAGUCAAAGAAUGGUCUCACUGCGUUGCAUCUAUGCGCUCAAGAAGACUUUAUUAAAGUGGCUUCUAUCCUGGUGAAAAAUGGUGCGAAUGUAGAGAGUGAAACGGAAACUGGCUAUCGGCCGAUACACGUCGCGGCACAUUUUGGAAACCUUUCUAUGAUUCGAUUUCUCUUAAAACAUAGCGCGACUAUCGACGUAAAAUCUAAUCAAAAUUACACCGCAUUGCAUCAGGCUGCUCAACAAGGUCAUGCACAUAUUGUUAGCGCUUUAUUGGAGGGAAAUGCUUCGCAUAAAGCACGAACCAAUGAUGGACUAACCGCAUUAAAUAUAGCUCAAAAAUUAGGAUACAUAUCUGUAAUGGAGGUAUUGAAAGGAUUGUCUUACGAUACAUUGGCACCUGAUAACAAAAAUUGGGACGAGAAGUACAAAGUGAUCGCUCCUGAAAGUCUGCAAGAGACCAGCUUUAUGUCUGACUCCGAAGACGAAGGAGGUUCGGAUGCGUUGAUCAGCGAGCAGCCGUAUCGAUAUCUUACAGCAGAUUUGAUGAAAAGUUUGAGAGACGAUUCUCUGCCUAUUGAUGUUACACGAGACGAUCCAAUACACAGACAAGUCACAAAAGAAGAAAAACAGGAUUUCACUCAAAGCAAUAAUUAUUGUCUAGCAGAAAACUUUGAUACUGAUGGAUUUAAUUUGGGCCGACUUCAUUUCAGAUCAUUUUUAGUAAGUUUCUUGGUGGAUGCACGUGGAGGUGCUAUGAAAGGGUGUAGACACAGCGGUGUACGUAUUAUCGUACCGCCACGCAGAGCGACAAUGCCAAUUCGUGUUACGUGUAGAUUGAUAAAACCUACUAAAAUUGCGAAUCCUCCACCUUUAAUGGAAGGAGAGGCUUUAGCAACUCGUAUUAUGGAGAUGGGGCCGGUCGGUGCAACGUUUCUAGGGCCUGUUCUAAUCGAUAUACCCCAUUUCGCGUCUAUUCGAGGCAAAGAGAGGGAAAUCAUUAUCCUCAGAAGUGAAAACGGAGAAACCUGGAAAGAGCAUGAUAAUUCUGUUGACAAUGAUACUACUUUGUUAAAUACUCCAUAUGAUCCACAAAUGAGCGCUGCUCAUUCUGGCAGAAUCACUCGAAUAAUAACGACAGAUUUUCCCCAAUACUUUGCCAUUAUCACGAGAAUUAAACAGGAAGUUCACGUAAUCGGUGCCGAAGGUGGAAUUUUGACUUCAAGCGUGGCCAACGACGUUCAAGCUGUUUUUCCACCAGGAGCGUUAACGAAGAAGAUCAAAGUCGGCUUACAAGCCCACGUGAUUCCGGCAGAGCUUACAGCAAAGCUACUAGGAAAUUGCGUAGCCGUUUCACCCGUGAUAACAAUCGAACCGAGAAGACGAAAGUUUCACAAACCAAUUACUCUUACAAUACCUGUACCUCAAGCUGCAAAUAAAGGAAUGAUCAAUCAAUACGGUGGUGAAACACCAACGCUACGCCUGUUGUGCAGUAUUGCAGGUGGGACGAGCGAAUCACAAUGGGAAGAUGUUACUGGUUCGACACCGUUAACUUUUAUGAAUGACACAGUAUCCUUUACUACGACCGUAUCCGCUCGAUUUUGGCUAAUGGAUUGCCGAAAUAUAGGCGCAGUUCCGAAAAUGGCAACCGAGUUGUACGAAGAGUCGUUAUUUGUGCCAUAUAUUACGAAUUUCGUAAUAUAUUCGAAACGAAUGGAUGUGCUCGAAGCAACAUUAAGAAUAUUGUGUAUGACCGAUGGAAAGGAGGGACUGCAUACCUUGGAAAGGCAAGAGGAAUUUGUCGAAAUUGUAAAAAGCCGCGAUGUUGAAUAAUAACGAGUGGCGUUCGAGCCUCCUAAUGACGACUAGUGACGAAUAAAAUGUGUAUUCGAUAUAAAUUCGACCAAAGGAAAUGAUAUCAAAUACGAUAUUGUUUGAUUACUAAUUACUAAUUAUCGAGAUCAUCAACCAAGAAGGAGAAGAAGAAACGAAAAAAAAAAGACAGUAAAGGAGCAGCAACCUGAAUUUACCAAUAUGAUGUUAUUGAAUAAGCGGCACGACUCAAAAAGCGAUAAUUUUACGAGAAAGAACAAGCUGACGAUGCAGAAUCAGAUUUCUUAUUUCAAAUCUCGUUUUCCAGUAAAUCAAUGUGACGCGUUUGCGUGUCCUUUGUUCUUUGCGAAGAUGAUAUCUUCCUAUAAACCGACAGAGCUUAUUAAAGAUAAAAUAACAAAAAUUUGAUGUACACAUACAAAAGAGCUUGCUGUAAAGUAGCAUAAGAAUAUACGUAAUUUUGAUAGAAACGUAUUAAUUGGUA